AUGAAGGGAAUUAAAGCCACAUUGACAAUCAGAGCAAACAGUGUACCAAAAUUUUGUCCACCACGUAACGUGCCAUAUGCCCUCCGACCGCGAGUGGAGGCCGAACUAAAGCGACUGACGGAGCUUGGGGUGAUCUCACCAGUGGAGCAUAGUGAUUGGGCCACACCCGUGGUGCCGGUCAGCAAAAAGGAUGGCACAGUGAGGCUCUGAGAUUUCAAGAUCACCAACAACCCAGCUCUCUCCAUGGAUAGGUAUCCAAUCCCACACAUUGAGGACCUUUUUGCCUCUCUAGCAGGAGGCCAAGGCUUUAGUGUUACUGUAGACUUAUCAAAUGCCUAUCUACAGAUGGAGGUAGAAGAGAAGUCUAGGGAGCUGCUGACUAUUUAAACUCAAAAAGGACUAUUUCGUUUUAAUCGUUUACCUUUUGGAGUAGCUUCAUCGCCCGCCUUAUUUCAGAAGGCUAUGGACCAAGUGCUUUUCGGACUGCUGUACACGUACUGCUACUUGGACGACAUCCUUAUCAGUGGUCCUGACGAGCUGACACAUCUAAAAACACUGGAUGCAGUCCUGGGCAGGCUAGAGGAACGGGGCCUGCAUCUCAAGUCAGAAAAGUGCCUGUUUUUCCAGGAGUCUGUGGAAUACUUGGGCCAUAUCAUUGACGCAGCGGGACUCCACAAAUCACCAGAGAAGGUACGUGCCAUUGUAGAAGCACCGGCACCAGGAGAUAUCAGUCAGCUAUGUUCGUUUUUAGGCAUGCUAAACUAUUACGGCCGUUUUAUUCCCGACUUAGCCACUGUCAUGAAACCGCUGAAUGAUCUGCUAAAUAAGGGGAAGAAAUGGCAAUGGACGUCAGCCUGUGAGUCAGCGUUCCAGACAUCUAAGGCACUACUUGUAUCACAGGAAGUGUUAACCCAUUGCAAUCCAAAACUGCCUCUCCAGCUCGCAUGUGAUGCUUCGCCUUUUGGAGUCGGGGCUGUACUCUCGCACGUCAUGCCCAAUAAUGAGGAAAGACCGAUAGCCUAUGAUAGACUCUCACGGCUGCCACUCCCCUACACUCAUAAAGAAAAGCGGAGUGCAGUAGAGGUAUUUUACACAUCUCAGUUGGACACAUUACCAGUCAGUAGCACUGAAAUCAGAAGUGACACCUUGGCUGAUCCCACCUUGGCUCGUGUUUUUGAAAUGGUCUUGACUGGUCGUUUUCCAGCUGCAAAGGAUGCCGGUGAAGAGCUGUCACCCUAUCUAUUGCGUCGACAUGAGCUCACAACCCAACAGGGAUGCCUCAUGUGGGGUGUUAGAGUGGUUGUGCCACCUAAACUGCGCCCUUGAGUUCUGAAAGACCUCCACUCAACACAUCCAGGUGUAGUGAGGAUGAAGAGUUUGGCACGUAGUUAUGUUUGGUGGCCCGGUAUGGACUCGCAAAUUGAGCUCCAGGUCAAAUCUUGCCACUCCUGUCAGAGCGUACAAAAAGAGCCUGGGCUAGCACCUGUAUACCCCUGGAUGUGGCCCUCCAGUGCUUGGGAAAGAAUACAUGUGGACUUUGCGGGUCCAUUUGAAGGACAUAUGUACUUGGUCACGGUGGAUGCACAUUCUAAGUGGCCUGAGGUGCAUAUCAUGGACAGCACCACUGCCAGCAUGACCAUUCAAGUGCUCAGGGGCCUGUUUAGUCGCUAUGGCAUUCCACACAUCCUUGUGAGUGACAACGGACCGCAGUUCUGUGCUGAAGAAUUCAGUACAUUCCUGAAGUCCAAUGGCGUCAAACACAUCCGCUCAGCGCCAUACCAUCCUGCCACCAAUGGCUUGGCCGAACGGUUCGUGCAGACAUUCAAACAUGCCUUAAAAGCAUCCAAAGGCACAGCACAUGUGCGUCAGCGACUUGAGGCGUUUCUACUGACAUACAGAAACACCCUGCACGCAACAACGAAAGAAGCGCCGGCUAUGUUGUUUCUUGAACGCAGGCUGCGCUCUCGACUGGAUUGUUUAAAACCGAGUGUUGCUGGAGCAGUACACAGGUCGUAG